GCUGACACAAAGACUUAGAAGAGAGAGGUACACUACUCCCACUCCCACUCCCACUCUGUGAUCAAAGAUGGCCGUUGUUCUUGAUGCCUUCAUCUCCGGGCUGGUCGGUACGUUGAAGGACAUGGCUAAAGAGGAGGUGGACUUGCUGUUGGGCGUCCCCGGGGAGAUCCAAAACCUCCAACGAUCUCUCCGCAACAUCCACUCUGUCCUUCGCGUCGCCGAGAAGCGGCGGAUCGAGGACGAGGACGUCAACGACUGGCUGAUGGAGCUCAAGGAUGUCAUGUACGACGCCGACGACGUCCUCGACGAGUGCCGGAUGGAGGCCGAGAAGUGAACUCCUCGUGAGUCCGAUCCGAAGCCGUCCACCUCGUGCGGAUUUCCCUUCUUUGCUUGCUUUCGCGAGGUCAAGUUCAGACAUGCGGUGGGCGUCAAAAUCAAGGAUCUCAACGAUCGGCUGGAAGAGAUCUCGGCCCGAAGGUCCAAGUUGCAACUCCAUGUGUCUGCGGCCGAACCAAGGGUGGUUCCUCGAGUUAGUCGCAUAACUUCCCCCGUGAUGGAGUCUGACAUGGUUGGCGAGCGGCUGGAGGAGGACGCCGAGGCACUGGUGGAGCAGCUGACAAAGCCAGAUCCGAGUAAGAACGUGGUGGUGCUGGCAAUUGUGGGGAUCGGCGGCAUCGGAAAGACCACCUUCGCUCAGAAGGUGUUCAAUGAUGGUAAAAUCAAAGCCAGCUUCCGCACCACCAUCUGGGUGUGCGUGUCCCAAGAAUUCAGCGAGACGGAUCUUCUCAGAAAUAUCGUUAAAGGUGCUGGUGGAAGCCAUGGUGGAGAACAGAGCAGGAGUCUGCUGGAGCCCUUGGUGGAGGGUCUCCUGAGAGGGAACAAGUUCUUGCUGGUGUUGGAUGAUGUCUGGGAUGCUCAGAUCUGGGACGACUUGCUCCGCAAUCCUUUGCAGGGAGGAGCAGCAGGCAGCAGGGUGCUGGUGACCACCAGAAACGCAGGGAUCGCGAGGCAGAUGAAGGCGGCCCACGUCCACGAGAUGAAGCUGCUGCCUCCGGAGGAUGGCUGGUCGCUCCUGUGCAAGAAGGCGACGAUGAAUGCAGAGGAGGAAAGGGAUGCCCAAGAUCUCAAGGACACAGGCAUGAAGAUUGUUGAGAAAUGCGGAGGGCUUCCCCUGGCCAUCAAGACCAUCGGAGGGGUCCUCCGCGACAGAGGACUCAACAGAAGUGCGUGGGAGGAAGUUCUCCGCAGCGCCGCAUGGUCACGGACCGGGCUUCCCGAAGGUGUGCAUGGAGCACUGUAUCUGAGCUACCAAGACCUGCCGUCCCAUCUCAAGCAAUGCUUUCUCUACUGCGCCUUGUUCCAAGAAGAUUUUGAUUUUGAGAGGCCUGAAAUCGUCAGAUUAUGGAUAGCCGAGGGGUUUGUCGAAGCACGAGGAGAUGUCAGCUUGGAGGAAACAGGGGAGCAAUAUUACAGAGAGCUGCUUCAUAGGAGCCUUCUACAAUGGCAACCUUACGAUCUGGACUCCGGUGAGUAUUCCAGGAUGCAUGACCUGCUGCGAUCGCUCGGCCAUUUCCUAUCGAAAGAUGAGAGCUUGUUCAUUAGUGACGUGCAAAAUGAGUGGAGAAGUGCUGCCGCCCCGAUGAAGCUGCGUCGGUUGUCGAUUGUGGCCACUGAAACCACGGACAUCCAGCAUAUCGUCAGUUUGAUCAAGCAACAUGAGUCGGUGAGGACAUUGUUAGUACAUGGCUAUGCGAAGGAUAUAGAUGAUUACUUGAAGAACUUUGUGCGACUUAGAGUCCUCCAUCUCAUGGGCAGAAAUAUCCAGAGCCUACCACACUACAUGGGAAAUUUGAUACACUUGAGAUACUUGACUGUGUCUCAGAGCCAUAUAACGGAGCUUCCAGAAAGCAUAUGCAAUCUGACGAAUUUGCAGUUUUUGAUCCUUUUUGGAUGUAGACGGUUGACACAGAUCCCCCAAGGUAUAGUAAGACUAGUCAAUCUAAGGGCACUCGAUUGUAAAGGUACACGGCUGGAGAGCUUUCCAUAUGGAAUAAAAAGGUUGAAGCACCUCAAUGAACUCCAAGGAUUCGUCGUGAACACGGGCAUUGGUAUGUGCCCAUUGGAAGCAUUAUGCGGCCUCCAGGAGCUCAGAGACCUCUCCAUUCACAGGUUGGAGAGGGCGUGGCUGGAAGCUGAACCGGGAAGAGAUACGAGCGUCUUAAAGGGUAACCAAAAACUGAAGAAACUACUUUUAUGUUGCUCAUUCACAUCCGAUGGUUACAGGGAGGAAGAGAUUGAAAGAAUGGAGAAGGUGUUAGAUGUGGCACUUCAUCCACCAUCAUCUGUUGUUAUGCUCAGUUUAGAGAAUUUGUUCGGCCGCCGGUACCCAAGCUGGAUGGCGUCUGCAAGCAUCAGUUCGCUUCUUCCAAACAUAAGACACUUGGAACUAAUUGACUGCUAUGACUGGCCACUGCUUCCACCGCUAGGGAAGCUCUCUAGCUUGGAGUUUCUUCACAUACGAGGUGCACGUGCAGUGACAACCAUCGGACCGGAAUUUUUUGGGUGUGAAGCUGCUGCUGCUACUGGAAAUGAUCGUGAACGGAAUUCAAAGCGCCCUUCUUCUUCUUCUUCUUCUCCUACGUUGUUUCCGAAACCAAGGCAGCUGGAACUCUGGAAUAUGACUAACAUGGAAGUGUGGGAUUGGGUAGCGGAAGGCUUUGCUAUGCGUCGCCUCGACAAAUUGGACCUCGUAAAUUGCCCCAAGUUGAAGUCUCUACCGGAAGGCCUGAUCCGACAGGCAACCUGCUUAACCACAUUGGAUCUGACCGAUGUGUGUGCUCUCAAGUCCAUCGGAGGUUUCCCUUCUGUAAAAGAACUGAGUAUAAGUGGUGAGUCAGAUCUGGAGAUUGUUGCUGAUCUCCCUGCACUGGAGCUCUUGAAGUUGGGCGGGUUUUUCUUUCCAUACAAUCAUUUACCAGAGUGGUUGGCGGAUUUCACUAUCCUACAGAGACUGGACGUACACGGAACCACCCAACUCCUCCGCAGAUGCCUCCAAAAUGGCGCAUACUGGCCCAUGAUCAAACACUUUCCUAAUUUUUCCAUCAAAGAUGACCGAGGCAAUUAUAUAAACUACAUCAAGCAUUCCGGCACCUUCGAGACAAACCUAGUCGAUGAUGCUGCUGCUUUCGCUGCUGCUGCUGCUGAAGAAGAAGAAGAAGGAGAAGACAUCAAUGAGCUUUGAGAGAGAUCGACAUCAUUCACGAUGUAAUUGGCAGUCAUGUCUAAAAUGAUCAUUGCAAAUGGAGCUGACCAUGGAAAGUCCGAGACUUUUGAGCGGAAAUGCAGAUCGAGAGCAGGUGGUUAAAGCUUAACUUUGAAUGUUUGACAAGCUGUCACUUAGCAAUGAGCCUUUGAAAAGCUUCACUCAAAGGAAUAUACCUCUUCAUGGAUCCAUAGCAAGUGUUCACCUAUCUAGUAUCUGUAAAUGUUUGUCAGAAGCCAUGGCUGAGUUCACAGCAAGGUUUCCCUGAAUCAAGACAAGACACAGGCCUGUGUUGGUCUGCUACCAAGAUAGAUAUAGCUUGUGAAGUGUGGGCUUUUCUUGGUGACAAAGAAGGCAUUUGCACCAACCAUGUGAUGAUGAGAAUGCUUGCUUGGCAUUUUGCAGGCAUUUCAUUGCCAGCUGCUGUAGGCGGAUCACACACUGUGCUACAUGAACAGAGAUCAGCAAAAGAAAAGAAAACAGUGUGAAGUAGCUUGUUGCUGUAGCUGGGAUCACAUAUUGUGCUGCAAGAACAGAGAUGAGGGAAAGAAAAAAAUCCAUAUCAGAAAACAGUGAAGUGCUCAGGCCUAUGAUCACUGCAAUCUCUGCAGAUUGCUGAACAUUUGGGUCAUUCAAAGAAGAAAAAGAAAAGAGCCCUUUUUUUCUUCCAUGAUGUAAAGUGAGUUAUCGACAGUAAAAGAAUGCAGGAAAAGUGAAGUAUCAGAACUUUUGUGGGUGGUUGAUCCAUGAAUGCAAAUUGCAACACCUCUUGGGUUCAGAAUUCAGAUUACAUGAGAAAAGUAAUGGCUAAAUCAUUGGUACCAUGAAAUGAUAUUGGAUCCAGAGAGUUGGUGAAGAUAUUUGGAGGAACUCGGCGAUCCACAGCUGGACGAUCUAUGCCCUGACGAACGCGUAGUCUUCACGGAAUAAGGCGCAGUAGAGAAAGCACUGUUUGAGAUGGGCCGGCAAGUCCUCGUAACUCAGAUACAGAGCUCUGUGGACGCCUUCGGGUAGGCCGGUUUGUGACCACGCGACGUUGCGGAGAACUUCCUCCCAUGCCCUUCUGCUGAGUUCUUUCGUGCAGAGGACCCCUCCGAUGGUCUUGAUGGCCAGGGGAAGUCCUUGGCAUUUCUCAACGAUCUUCAUGCCUGUGUCCUUGAGAUCUUGGGCAUCCGUUCCUCGUCUGCGUUCGUCGUGGCCUUCCUGCACAGCAGGGACCAGCAAACCUCAGGGGGCAGUAGAUUCACUCUGUAGACGUGGACCGCCUUCAUUUGGUUCGUGAUCCCUUCGUUUCUGGUGGUCACCAGCACCCUGCUCCUCGCAAAGGAUUGCGGUGCAAGUCGUCCCAGAUCUCAGCCCUUCACACAUCAUCCAACACCAGCAAGAACUUGUUCCCUUUCAGGAGACCCUCCACCAUGGGCUCGAGCAAAGUCCGGCUCUGUGCUCCACCGUGACUUCCCCCGGCGCUGGUGACGAUAUCCCUGAGAAGAUCCGUCUCCGUGAACUCUUGGGACACGAACACCAUAUGAAGGUGAAUGUGAAGGACACAGAUAUGUUAGAAAUUGUACCUUCUUGGAGGAUUCAUUAAGCAAUACUGUUUUGUGUUCUUACGACUUUAAGAUAAAAGAAAAAAAAGACUGGAUCGGCUUUGUGUUC